AUGGAUAUAAUUUACCAAUAUGCCAAAAUACGCAGUAAUUACGGUCGUCAGCCAAUGUUUUGUGAGUUUGGUCCAGAGCUGUGCGACACUAUCCCCGUACAUGUACCCGAACACAAACAGUACAUUUUACGGAACCCGGUGCACAGUGCCGUACAGCAUGGACCCAUAUUCUCACAGCACGAGAUCAAUACCAUUAGGGCCGAGUACACAACCACUGGUAUAAACCACGCCGAGGGUGGCUGGCCAAAAGACGUGAUCGUCACCGACCCGGAGUCCACUCAGAGAUAUCGCCGCAAGACGGAGAAGGACGAUGGCUACAUACAUUGCGUGAUGUCAAUCGCUUCGGAAAUGGAAGGUCUCAUUUUGCAAAACAAUGCGAUAGAUAUGUACCAAAUAUAUUAUAACGAAAUGCCAAGACUACCCGAUGUGGAACGCAUCAGUUGUCGCACAGUGAACGUGUACCGCGAUGGAGGCGACGCACCGUCAGCUCCCCAUAGACCGGUGUCUUCUAUUUGUUGGCGGCCGGACGGCAGCCACCAAUUCGCCGUUACAUACGUCGACAUGGAUAUCAACCGAAACUUGCGUGCGCCUAUUACCGCGUCCAUAUGGGAUUUAGAAAACGCCAACUCACCAUUAUCGAUACUGAAACCGGAGAAAGCCCUGAUGGAUCUACAGUACAAUCAGCGCAACGUAGAUCUACUUGCCGGCGGCAUGCUAAACGGUCAGGUGGCCGUAUGGGACAGCCGCACGGCCAGCCCAACCCCAACUCUUACGUGUCCACAGCACGUGGCGCACCGUGACUACGUGCGCCACGUGCGCUUCAUCAACGCAAAGACUGGCAUGGAGUUCUUCUCAGGUGGACCCGACGGUGCUUGCAAGUGGUGGGACAUCCGCAAUAUGAGCGAGCCCAUAGAUGUUAUGAUAAUCCAAUUGUGUUCAUCCUCUAAUGAACAACCGACCAUGGCUAAAGCUAUGGGAAUCAGCUGUUUGGAGUUUGAGCCGACUAUCCCUACGCGUUUCAUGGUUGGCACGGAGAACGGAGCAGUCGUUACUGGCAACAGAAAAGGAAAAACUUCGACUGAAAAGAUCCCUUACAUGUUUGAAAGUCAUCUGGGGCCAGUGUGGACGGUGGAGCGGAACCCAGGUUUCUUGAAGAACUUUCUGACCGUGGGUGACUGGACGGCGCGAGUUUGGAGCGACGAAUGUCGUGAAUCCGCUGUCUUGUUUACGCCACCACAUCGUUUCAAACUGACGCACGGCGCGUGGAGCCCCACCAGGCUAUCGCUCAUAAUGCUGGUGCAGUCUAACGGCGUGUUGGCGCUGUGGGACAUCCUGCGGCGCCAGAGUAGACCCGUACUCACGAUGCAGGUGUGCGAGGAGCCGCUGUUAAAGGUCUCGCCACAUGAAACGGGCACGUUCUUAGCUUGUGGAAGUUCCAAAGGAAACAUUUACAUGGUGGAAGUUUCGAGCAGCCUGGCGCAGUCGGCGAGACACGACAAGGGACUGCUCACGUCGAUGUUCGAGCGCGAGGCCAAGCGCGAGCGCAUCCUGGAGGCGCGCAUGCGCGAGAUCCGGCUGAAGCUGCGCGCCGCGGAGGAGGGCGAGCCCGUCGUGGCCGUCGCCUCCGUCAUGGACACCACCAUCGGGGACAAGGACCUGCAGGAGGCCACCGUCGAGUACUACGCGGUCGCAAAGAAAGAGCUGGCCGCCAUGUAG